AUGCCGUUCGAAGAACGGGUUGCUGAUGUGAAGAUAAAUAUAGAGAGAGAACAAGGUGCUGGAGUUUAUCCAGCUGCACAACAAAUGCUUAUUCAUCACGGAAAAGUGCUUAAGGAUGACACAACCCUCGAAGACAAUAAAGUUAUAAGGGAGGUUUUUGGCAACCCAACAACAUUGGAUCCAAGGAAAAGAAGCAACUCUAAGUUUUCGACUAUAUCACGGGCAGAUUACAGCAGCAACAAUGACUCUUCCUCACCUGAUGUUAUGAUACUGUCCGGGUCUGAACCAUCCGAGCUUCAAGACUCAUCAGAUGAGGAUGAAGAUUCAACAAUGGAGGGUAAUAACCCUAACAAUCCAAUAAUUAUGUCUGAUGAAACCAAUUCAAUCAUUGAGUUGAGCGAAGACAGUUCUGAAAGAGAAGAAAUAGCUGAACAUAGGUACAAUCCAGAGGUUUCCUAUAGAAAGAGACUGACAAGUACUGACGUGACCGGAAGUAGAUUGUACCUGGGUGCUAGUUUUGCUGCACAUCUCACUCCAUUUGGACAUGGUUCCAUUUGGCAGAUCGCUGGUCCAUCAUCUAGCGGAGACAACAAUGUCUUUUUUUUCAUUUACUCAAAAGUCAAGGAAGAAAUACAGAGUAGAGAUUCGGGGUGGAUUGGGCCAAAUUCUGUCAAACUUAUAACCUGA